CCAAGCAAAGCGCAGACACGACAACAUCCGCAAAUAUGAAAAAGGAGGAGGCGGCAGAGAAAAAAUGUCAGCUUGCGGAUGAACAACGUCGGAAGCACGGCGAAGGAGCAGCAAAGGCUGCCAAUGAGAAACGCGACAGCGACGCGAGAAUAUAUUCAAGGAGGAGAGAGAUCUACUCAAGCUGGCCGCGGAAUGGAGACGGAGGCUGAAAACGGCGAAGUCAUCAACAACAGACUCAAGAUCUCGUCGUUGCUCUCCCGCUUCAUAGACCUCCUGGCCACGUGCAUUGCGCAGCAGGAGGAUAUCCACUACCUCGACGACAUGGUCAAUGACCACAAGAAGUCAGUCGCACAGUUGACCAGCCACAUACAACUGCUGGAACAACUACCAAUCGCGGCUCCAGGCGCCGGCUCCUCCAACUAUGCUGAUCGCCUCGACGUUUUGGAGAUUGACGUAAGGACUCUCAAGACCAGUAUGCAACUACAGCAAGCAGCAACUCAACAACUUGAGCAGCAGAUUUGCGCUGCAGCUGCCGGUCCUACCACGUCACCACACAAGAGCAUCCCGAAAUUGGAUGGUCAGCCGAUCUUCUGUGGCGCAACGAAGACGGAACCCAUCCUCGGUUUCGCCAGUUUGAACUCAAGCUGGAGAUCCACAAGACCCGCGACGCCAGCAGGUGGCGGGUGCAUUGGUGAGGCCAAACGGCAUCACUGUGAACUCGUAGUGGCCGAAGCGCGACCGAAAGGCAGUCUUCGACUGAUCCUCUGCAGCGAUGCGAAUCUGAUGGUAACCGCUGCGAAGAUCAAUCUUCGUAAAGAAGCGGUUACUUGCCAGACGGUCGAACAGCUCGUAGACACGAGGCAUGGGGUAGCUAUUCUUAAACGUGUAGCAGUUAACUGGGUUAAGGCCGAGAUAAUCGAUGCAGAGAUGAAGAGUUUCAUCCGCUUUGCGAGCAAAGAGGACGGGUGCACCCCACGGGGAGUUGCUGGGUUUAAUGAAACCCCGUCUCAGGAGCUCCUCAAACUGACGCUUGAGUUUAGUGGCUUCGGGGAUCGAGAGUUUGUAAGGUGCCUGGUGGUGAACACGAUAGUCAGGCACAAGCUGGAUGGAGUGCUCAACGUCACACAUCGGUGGGAUGCCGAAGUACGAGAACGACGACGGAAAAACGUCGUGGUACUCUCAAAUGAGGUCACGAACAGCGGACUCCAAGUCGGCCGUAUAGCGUGCGAGUUCCUCUGCGUCAGCGUCAGCGAGCAACGACGAGGCGUACUCAACGGACGACGGAGGAAGGGAAGUAGAGAUGGAAGCCAUGGAGAUAAAAGGAGGAUCUGGCUCCAGAGAGAUGAGCUCGGCGUCUGGACAGGGUGGAUCAUAGUGCAAGAGAUCCGUAAUGUUCACAAUAAAGAAGGUGACGUCGUCCUGUCCGAUGAAAUGGGCGAACUGUCAAGGCGAGGUGACGGUGAUAGAGGGAGAUGGUUUGGGCACGGAAGGCUCCAGGGGAGGAGGAUCGGGACGUCAUGUCGUAGUGGUACCUAUAAAAGGUACGCGAUACGUCUGUCCACACUUCAUUCUGAAAACCAGAGUGUUGGUCGCCCAAUCGGCCUCGGUGGUACGAAACCUAUGAGACCACGGAGUACCAAGAAUGAAGUCGUUCCCCGUCUCCAUCACGACGAAAUGUGCAAAGGAGCGGUGGCGACGAGACGUCGGGGGACGAUCAAUCGGCUCCAGAGUGAGGAAGAAAGGGAGGUUGGUGAGCCUCUGAUCGAAAAAGAACUGGGUCUUGUCAUCUCCGAGGGUGACGAAGACGGGAGUCGGAGACCCUGUCGUGGGUAAGCGGGCUUCUUUCACCACACGUGGGUGAACGAAGUCGUCCUGAGAACCGGAAUCCCACAAUGU